AUGACUUGCAACGUUUCCCAGCAGUUAGAGCUCCUCCGGCAGCAAAGGUCCCGAGUGUCAAUCAACCGAUACCACUUUAAGGAAUUGCAAUCGCUAAUUCCUAAUUGCUGGGCUAAUGUUAAACAAUUUGAUAUACAGUUUGAUAAAUGCAGCCAAUUAUUUGAAACCCCAAAUGAAGUAUCAUUUAACAGUUCAUCACAUAAAUCUGAUGAAAUCCAUGACACUACAUUGCCAACAAAUAUAGAUUUUAUGGACCAGCAGCAGCUGGCCCAGUUGGACAAUUUAGUUACUCUGUUUCUAGACUUAUCUCUUCCCUAUAACAUGAAAAAGGAUGUGCAAACUUUGGUCUGGUAUCUAAUCUUUUCUUACCAGGCCAGUAUCCGAUACUCGACCAAUUUGCUCUUGUACAUACUACCAAGGCACUUGUCCAGCUUUUACCUAGACCUGAUACCACAUCUAAGUUUUAGCAAAGAUUCAACUUUCAGGGCCUAUAAAACAAGUAUUAAUCCAUCGCGGGAAUACAUCACAAGUGUUACAAUUAAGCACUUUAACAAUUACCAGCAAUUGUCUCUUCUAGCGAGGAGGUUGUGCAUUGAAAUGGAUAGGGAUGAGCAGAAUUCAGAAUUAAUGGCAUUCUAUAAUUCAAUACAAAUUGAACUAUUUAAUCAGCCAGGAGGAAUUCGUGAUAACCAAUUAAGAUACUUUGUCGUCAAUGCUAUGGAAGCGCUCAAGUUUCCGAAGAAAAGGAAUUAUUACAACACUUAUCUUUGUGGCAUAUCAGCCUUAUUUUUCAAAAUUAAUUUAUCAAUUGAAAUACAGAACGAUAUAAUCCACUCAUUGGUCAAACCGGCAUUUGAUGGAGCUGGCAAUGCUGCUAAUUGCAGCAAUUUGAAAGAGAUAAUACUAUUAAUAUCCACAUCGUUGAAGCACCAAAACAAGAUAGGCAAAUUGCCCAUUAAGUGGAUUAAUUUAAUAGCCACAAAUCAUGAAUAUCAACGAGAAUUGUUUGUUUGUCUCGGGGAACUGAUAGAGGCAGAAAUUGAACCUUUCAGGUUUUGUGAACUAAUAACAACUACAAUUCUAGAUGAGACUCAAUAUGACGAUUCUAUGAUUGGCCAAUAUGUACAAGUAUUGUUAAACCUGAUAAGCCAUCUCAAUCAAUGCAAUUCAAACUCCACAAAUCAAUUGGCUAGUUCUAUCGUUUUAACAAUUUUAAACAAGUUAGAAAACAUUUGCACUAUUGUCAAUGAAAAUCUUUGCAUUCAGAUUGACGGUAGGUUGGAUUUUUUUGCCCUGUAUAAGUAUCAGUUGUCACUUUUAUACAAACUGCUGAAAAAUAUAUCAAACACUUUUCCCAGGCUAUAUAGUAUUCUAAUUAGGUCUCCAAUUAACGCUAAUGAGCAUUUUAUGAAUUUUUUAAAGAUGGCUACCACGGAACCAAAUGAAGUUGAUCCGGCUCUAGAAUUGGACAGUUCUAUACAAUAUAUUAGCAAUAUCGCAAUUUUUGAGCAUGAUAUAGCACUGAACAUAGUUAAAUUGUCUCUGGAACGAUUUCAACAUUGGAGCCAAUCAAACACUGAAAAUGACAAACUUUCACUAUUGGCAAGCAAACUAGUAUCAUUGCUACCAAAUUACCGUAGCCAAAUAUUGAACAAUACAAAUCUUUGGCAAUUUGUUUCAAGAAUGCAAUGCAAAGGUGAUUUUUUGCCCAUCAUAUACCAACUAAUAAGGGAUAUAAUGUGCGAAGUAGAUAACUCAAUUAUUGAGUGUCUAUGCGACGGAUUGGUAAGAGUAGACAAAGAUCAGUUAUUUACAAAUGAUUAUACAUUCUUAGAAUAUUGUUUGAAUAAUUUGGAGUCGUCUAAGGAUUUGUUUACUUGCAUAGAUAUAAUUACCCAGAUUGGAGGAGAUUAUCCAGGGCUCAGCCAUGUUUUGGGUCCCAUAUCCUUUUUCUUGACCAAAUUGGCCCAAAAUAAUAAUCUCAAUGGCAGGCUAAAAACAUAUAUAACAUCUAGCUGUUUGACACUCAAUUCCAUAAAUUGUUGCUACAACUGGGCUGAAAUGUCAACUCAAUAUAUCGCAGAUGUGAUAAGUCCUCCAGAUUCUGAUGCCUCUAGGCCAAUACUGUCGAUUCAUAUUCUGAUGGAGUACUUGGAUUAUUUAUGCGCUGAUAGUUGUGUAAAUAAUGCUGGUAAAAUCAUUACUGUCAUGACUGCGUUGAUACAAUCACUAGAUAAGGCGAUGGAAUUGGCUAAAAUAUCUUCCACAAAACACGUUGACAAGAUUCCCCUCAUAUCUACGUUGGCAAAUUCAUUCCAUUCAUUUUCAAUACAAUUAUUAGCACUUACAAAACCACACGCAAGCCGCAAUUCAUUGACGGAGUUUCAAGAUUGGGUUAUUUAUAACAUACUGGUAAUAGGUUGUACCAACGAUAUUUUAUAUCGGGCACUCUGCAAAUCAAUCCAAACCUCACACAAUACCACUGUAUACUCGCUCAAUCUCAUAAAUUGCCGCCUUAAAUUGGGUUUGGUGAGCCAAACAGUUUAUAAGGGUUCAAAUGACUCCGUCAACCUUUCAAUUUGUAAUUGUUAUCAGGGUUUGGAGGGGGAAUCAUUUGCAAGUGAUCUGGCUGAAUUUUUGGGUGAGAAAAGUUGUGAUACGUCUGAUUUGGAGGGUUUAGAAGGUAAGAAUAUUAUACAGUGUAUUAAUUGUCCUGGGUUUAGACUGAGACGUUCAGAUGUAUCUUCUGUGAAAUUGUACAAAAGGUUGCUGAAAUUUCUCAACAUGACAAAGAAAGAUUCGUCAACUGCCAUGUUGAUUUUACUGAUUUAUCUAGCCCCGUUAAUUAUCAAACAUGAGUACAUUGAGCCUACGAUUGGGUUUAUCAGGUCGGUAAUUGAGAACAAGUGUAAUUUCGACAUUGUUAGUACAAUGAAAUCGUUUGUGUCUGAUGGAUUUCUGGUUUCAGAUCCACUGAAAUGUAACUUUAACAUACCAAAAUCCGACAUAAAUAACUUUGUGUCUGAUUUUUUAAGCGAUAAAAGCGACACAAGCAUAUUUGCGAAUUUUUUAGUAAUGCUCAAAACAUUAUUAUCUAAAUAUCAGAAGGUGGCACAGUCAGUUAUUUUUUUAUCCCAUUUUUUGCCUAUAAACAUAUUACGUCAUUCCAAGCCACUAUACACGAUGAUUGGGUUGAACAAAUUUACUUACACUAGCACUUUUCAACUGUUUUGCGAUAUAGGCAAUUCCAGUAAUAGAAUAGAUGCAAGGGGCAUGGGGAUUAUGUUAAAUGUAUUAAGGAUUAUUACUUUUGUUACAAAUGAGAAGGUAAGGGAUAAAAAGUUUUCAAAUAAUUACGUCAGGAGCAUUAUUUUACCAUUAUCUUCUGUUAACUCUACCAAUGAUGGGGUUAAUGAAUUUUGGAGGGAGAUGGCCAAAAAGUUAUUAAUUUACUCACUUCACUUGGCUCUUAAGUUGAAUAUGCUACAGUAUUUGGAUGAUCAGUUGCUUGGUGAAAUUAUUCUUUUAUUGGGCGAAAAUGUCUACUUGAGCGGAAUUUUUCAACAAGAAAGUUUGGCCAUUAAUAUGAGCAAAACGUUCAAAUAUCUGCUAAAUUUAAUUAAAGAUGAUGGUAGACGGUCGUACCAAGUGGCAAAUGUGUUGGUCAUCAUGUCAGAUCACUUGCCAUCGGCAAAAUUGUUGCCGGAUAUCAUCGCAAAAAUUGAGUUACAUACUGGUGAUUUGAAAGUGGCGUUGUUCCUUUCUGCUUGUAAAAUUGCAGGGAAAUAUCUAGACCACACUCCAAGUGUGGGAAUUCAGCUGAUUAAAAUGGGAAUUGAUGGCUGGUGGGGAGACUCUCACAAAUAUUGCACCGAAACGUCAAUUACUUUUAUCAAUUUGUGCAGAGGGUUUGCCAAGGUUUGCCCUGAGGUAUCUAGUUUGAUAUUGGAUGAGAUGAAGAAGCUGUCAAAUCCAGUAUUUGAGGGAUUAAAUGCUUUGAUUUCACAUCUGAUAAAGACCGCCCUUGUUGGUUUGACUGGAGUUGAUACUUAUAAGAAUGCUUCCGGCUCUAGAAGAUUGGAAACCACUAAAACUGCAGCUAUUGUCUGGAACAACUACUCCACAGGCAUAUUACUAUCAACUGGUAGCGAAUUUGCCCCUAUUGACUACUAUAUUUACUCUGCAGAAAUUUUACGCAGUGGGAGAAUUGACCGUAAAUUUUACGAGUCAUUGGUGGAUCUAGACAAGGUGAAGGUGAUUUUGUCCAUGUCUUCCAUGCUAAACAGUGGAAUAACUACCGAAUUACAGCCAAAACUGGAAAUUUUAGCCGAAUUAGUGUCUAUGGAAUCUGAAUCAGGGGUCUUACAAAUUACAACAGCUGUUCAAUCUGAGAAGGAUACACAUGAAUACAAAAAGAUUAGACUUAUUGGGGACAUUUUACACAAUUUGCUUACAUUAUUGACAAAGUGCGAGUAUCCCUCUAUUAAGCGAUCGGUGAAGUUGUUAUUUUCAAAAACUCACCUCCUGUUAAAUACACCGCACCUGAUACUGGCAAUAUUGGAUUACCCAUACUAUUACAGUCCAAACGAGCAAAUAACUGUUACUAGCAGCCAGGAGGAUAUCCCAGUGUUAAUGGAAUUGUUCAAAUUAUUGACAAACAUUUUCAAUCGGGACAUUGUAAAUGGGGUGAUUUCUGAUAGUUUGAAAGGGCUCGAGGUUUCAAUUUUGUACUACAAAAUAGCCUGUAUUUUAUCCAAACUUUACAAGUUUAACCCUCAUGUAAUACUCAAAUCUUUUAUCUUUCUGGUUAGGGUGAAGUGUUCUGAUUCUAAAGUGUUGCGUACAAUUGUGUAUCCUUUGGUAUCUACUGAGAAUGAAACUACCCAAAAUUUACCAAAGCAGGACAUUUAUUUAUUGUGUAAGUUGGUAAAUUUAUCUACAUCAAUUCCCAAUGUGGAAGCUGUACUUGGAGAAUUGGGGUUGGGAAUGAUAAAGGCGCUGAUUAUAUUUAACAAAUCCUUCACCGCCAGUGAGAAGAAUGUAUUGGUAGAUGUGAUGAUAUGUACGACUAUAGCAACAUUGUCAGCUUUUGUUAAAAUUACGAGCGAUGUUUCUGACGACCUGUUUUAUUUAUCACUUGGAACAGAGCAGGUGGCAAUUAGGACUAAGAUAUUAAUAUCAUUGGCAAAGUCCCUUUCAUUUCCUCAUUUGACCAAGUUAAUAUGUGACAGUUACGUCAAAUUCUCCUGUGAUACAGUUGAUAAUUGUAUCUGCGGCUUUAAUUUAAUGGAAUUUUAUGUACAGCAUUUUCAGGGCGAAAUCACGGUUCAAAACCGAAAAAUUACCCAAAUGAUUAUUAAAUUAAUCACAAAAUGCUCUCAAUUUGAGACAAUUGCCAAUUAUCCCAACAUUGACUCAAUAACAUUGGCAGACUACAUCAAUAAGGUGGAGGAAAACGAUGAUACUUUCUCAAGAUUUCAUUUUCAUAUGGGGAAAUUACUAACAAGCUGGUUUGGAAAAACUACUUUAUUUGAGAUGACAAGCUUUCUCCAAACGUUUAGAAGUAUCUGUAACGCGAAAUCCCCACAGGCAGUGAGAUAUCACCACUUGUACCUAUACCUGGUUGGCAAUAUUUUGUGCCAAUUUAAACAUGUUCCUAAGGUGGAUACCAUGUUGUUACCUACAGUUUUGCCCAUUGUAAACGUUUCAUUUGCCUCAAUUAGUCUAGAUGUUCUACAAAAUUGUGAUAUCCAAAAGAAUUUAUACUUUACAAAUGUUACAUUGUCGUUGACAAUCUUGGCUGCAAUGAAGGAGUAUAUUAUAUCGGUACAGCUCAUGUCAGAUUUGGUUGAAUCCCUGGCUCUUUCAAUCUGUGCUAUUGAAGCGGUGUAUACUGGCUGCAAUGCAUGGGAUGACGACCGUACAAUAUCGAAUGGAAAGAGGAAAAGGGAAAAGGAGGAAAAGCUAGAUAAAUAUCCCGGUAAAUACAUUUGUUUGUGGCAAAAAAUUAUAGAAACAAUUUUGGUGGCUGUGCUCAGCGAUGACAACUAUGAAAUUGCAUGCAAGGGAUUGGUCAAACAGCUAUCCCUUGGCAGUACAUUUUUCAAGAAAACCUUAUUGUCAUCUUUGUUCAACAUAUGGUCCAAGAUUGAUACAAGGGACGAUUGUUACGACGCUUAUCUGGUGGAUAGGCUGGGGUCUAGCGGUAGGGAGUUGACUGUUAUUGUUAAGGACCUUGAGUUCGACGGAGAUUACCAAGUGGCCAGCUUGGCUAAAAGGCUAGGCAAGAGACUCGAGUCCUUUUGUUAUAGAUGCAACCAAAUUGAGAUAGACGAGUAA